UCAUUUAGCAACAACAUGAGGCAUGAGUGGUAUAAAUCUACCAGAGACAGAGACGGGUGCAGUAUAGGAUCGACAGCCAUGAUCUACAUUGCCAUUGCUGCUGCCAUUGUAGCCGUGGUGGUAAACGGUGACGGUGGACCCGUGUGCCACAAGUGCAGCAGUGCAGCCAGUCCCGAGGCCUGCACUGACGAGGUCAACUGUGAUGCUGAUGAGGAGUGCUACAUGGAGAAAAAGCUGGAGGAUGACUUGAGCACAAGUUAUACUUUUGGCUGCCAGAAGACUCAGGUUUGUGCAGCGCUCGUUGCCGGCCAAGGUCCAGCUAUUGGACGCAGGCGGAACGUGAGGACAGUCCCGGGAACGAGAGCCAAGCGGGCAGUUACCUUGUGUUCCAGGUGCUGUUCUGGGAACCUGUGCGCUACGGGCUUGUGUGGAGUGCCCACGAUCCCGGCAACGAGCCCGGUGUACGUACAGCUGUUGGGAGGACCAAACGCCUACGAGGGCACCGUGCUGCUGUACUUCAAUAACGCCUGGGGCACCAUCUGUGACGACAAUUGGACUAGCAAAGAUGCUGGCGUCAUCUGCAAAAUGCUGGGAUAUUCAGCUGUUGGGGCUGACGGUGUGGGAAACGCAAGAUUUGGAUACUUUUCAAGCGGGCGAAUCUGGUUGGAAGACGUGAAAUGUGUCGGCAAUGAAACAAGCAUUACUCAGUGUCAGAAGAGUAACUGGGGCAUCACUGACUGCUCACAUGCAGAGGACGCCGGUGUAUUGUGCACGUCAGUUUCAAAGGAGGAUGACAUCAUAUUUCUGGUGGACACCGGCCGAGGAGGAAAACUGACCCGCAUGAACCUCCUAUCUGGCAGCUUCGUUGACAUCCCAAUGAACAAACAGUACGCCGUCGGCUCCUUCGACUACGACUCAGUGGAUGGAAGGAUCUACUUCGUGGAGCCGCUACUGGACCAGCUGGUCAGCAUCCACUUUGACGGCACAGACAUCAGGGAACUGAAGCAGUUGAAUGCUAAUGCCGAUCUGGAGAAACUUGAGGUGGACCCAGUCAACCGCAUCCUCUUCUACACUGACACCGGCAAUGACGUCAUCGGAUCGAUCAACCUCGACGGAAGCAACUUCAAGAUUGUUAUCAACUCUAAUCUUGAUUCGCCCCGAGAGAUCGCUGUAGAUCCUCGCUCAAAGCAGAUCUUCUGGACAGACUGGGGAAAAUCUCCAAAGAUAGAGAGCUCCAACUAUGACGGCACGAACAGGAAAGCCCUGGUGACCACCGGAAUCAUGUGGCCUAACGGCAUGGCAAUAGACUACAAUGACGACAAGCUGUACUUCGUCGACGGGGGCACGCACCUGCUGGAGGUGAUGGAUAUGGACGGCUCCAACAGACGCACCAUCUUGAAGGACGCCGGCGCACACUUCUUUGCCAUCGAUGUCUUCAAAAACUACCUCUACUACACCGACUGGAACCAACCAACGCUGAUGCGGGUCAACAAGGAUGGUAGCGGUAAGACGGCUGUGGGACCACCAGGCUUCAGGGAACUCGCCGACGUCAGGAUACACGAAUACGGAUCUGAUGUCCAAGAGCCAACCCCAUCGUCAACUAUGAACUUAGACCCUGCACAUGUGUUUGUGCGCAUGCUCGGGACGGCGGCAGCAGGUCGAGUGGACGUGUAUGCUAAUGGCGAGUGGGGAACAAUCUGCGAUGACCACUGGGACAACAAAGACGCCAGUGUGGUCUGCUCCAUGCUGGGGUACAACAGAGAGAACGCUCUGGCCACGUCAAAUGUGCAAGUGUCCUCGGGCUCUGGCCUCAUCUACAUGGACGAGGUGAACUGCACGGGAACCGAGACUCACAUCGUACAGUGCGGCUUCACCGAGGAGAACUGGGCCGUGCACGACUGCAGCCAUCAAGAGGAUGCUGGGAUCACCUGUGAACUCCGUGAGUUGGUUGGGCGUAAUGGUUCCCUGGACACAUAUUGAUAAGGUGACGCAUAC